AUGGCGGCUUUCUCCGUGCUCACCGGCGAUUUGAGUCACCAUUUCCGCCUAGAGCACGACGGCAAGAAGACGGCUCCGCUUUUUAACGCGGGAGCACUGGCCUUUGACCAGCAAACAAACGUCUUUGCUAGCUGCAACAGCUGGGGCAUAACUCAAGGAAUUGGCGACGGCAUCGGUGUUUGGGACUGCAUCAACGGCGAACAGACAAGCUCUUUCUUUGACCGGAAGUACGUCGACGCUCUGACCGACGCCAGCAAGCUUCAGUGGCUGGCAAGCACCAACGCGCUCAUGGCAGUCAAGGCGUGCUCACCGAAAGAUGCUUGCUCGUCGUCUUCCAUCACUCUGGUAGAUUUCCGGAAUAUGAGUGUUGUGUGGUCAUGGUCCGGUGGCCCCCAGAGAAUUAACGAAAGGCGUGUUGCCGAUGCCGUCGUGAUGGAGGACGAGAGGUCGGUCGGCUUGAUCAGCCAGGACCAUGAUCUCGGGUUCCUCGACAUCCGUCGUCAGGGCUCUGUCCAGGAGCCGUGGACACAUCAGAGCAAGAUGACGACUCCGAUAUGCUAUCCGAAGCUUGCCGUGCGCGGCGGACUGCUCUUAGCGUCCAAAGAUGACACCAUCUCGGUGUAUGGCGGCCCAAAUCAUGACCACCUGAGGCUGGCGCUGCGUGGGAGCCAAGGCGGUGGCGCCAUUGCCGAUUUCUCGGUUGGGGGCGACCGUCUCUUCGCGGUGCAUCAUGAGGACAACGUGCUGGAUGUGUGGGAGACACUGCCACCUCCCAUCGCCUAA